AAAUAGGAUAAAAAAAAUAACAUUUUAAUUCCACACAACAAAUCAAUAAUACUUCAUAUAUCAUACUUAGAUUACUAGUAGUGAUUUGCAGAUAGAUAUGGAAUCUUACAUUAAAGUCCUUUACAUUGCUCUUCUUUCGCUUAUCUUGCUUGCGAGCUCGAGUGAAGGGAGGAAAGACCCGCAAACAUAUUGGGGAGACAUGAUGAAGGGGCAACCGAUGCCUGAAGCUCUCAAGGACUUUAUAAAUCAGAGGUCUUACGAAAAUCAUGAAAAGAAAGAAGCAAUAAUUACAAAUUUUAUCAAAGACUUUGAUCCAAUUCCUAAUGCUUCAGCUUACCAUGAUGAUAAUGUACAUGUGAAUUCAAACGAAUUGAAAUCAAAGAAGGCAGAUUGCAACGACUUAGUAGAGCAUCAUGAUAAACUAGCAUCCAAGAAGUUAUUUGAUGACGAAUUUGAACCAAUCCCAAAUGUUUCUGCUUACAAUGAAUAAUUAGAAUAAUAUAUAUUUAAUGCAUUGUUAUACAUAAUUAAUUAUAUGCAUUUAUAUAUAUGCGUUGGAUUAUAUGUAUUUCAGGUUUGUGACACUUGCUUAUGUAUUUUUCUUUAUGUCUGUGUACCAUUAUCCUUAAGUUUUUAUUUGAUAAUUCGCACAAUUUUAAUCUA